GCGCUCACUCACCCUAACUGCUGGUCCCAAGAGGCAUUACGCGACCGCGCCUCCUCCCAUCGCGCAAGAGCGGAACCGCACUUGCCUUCCGGCUGCUCUCUUUAAGAGAGCGUUGUCUGUGUUUGUGCUGCAGUCCUGUCCAAAGAACUCUGCUGCUCUGAUUUAGGAUCUGCGGUUGUGCAGACACAUCAGCUAUACAGAAAAGAUGAGCGAGGAGUCCAAUGACGACAAGAAGCAAACAGCUAAAUAUGAGCUCGAGCGAGAAACAGAGCUUCGGUUUGAGGUGGAGGCGUCUCAGUCAGUUCAGCUGGAAUUGUUGGCUGGCAUGGCAGAGAUCUUUGGCACAGAGCUUACCAGAAACAAGAAAUUCACCUUCGAUGCUGGUGCCAAGGUGGCUGUUUUCACUUGGCAUGGCUGUUCUCUGCAACUGAGUGGCCGGACUGAAGUGGCUUAUGUCUCUAAGGACACCCCUAUGUUGCUUUACCUCAACACUCAUACGGCUUUGGAGCAGAUGCGGAGGCAGGCAGAAAAGGAAGAAGAGAGAGGCCCCCGAGUGAUGGUAGUGGGCCCUACUGAUGUGGGCAAGUCCACAGUGUGUCGACUGCUGCUCAACUAUGCAGUGCGUCUGGGCCGCCGCCCUACCUAUGUGGAGCUGGAUGUGGGGCAGGGCUCUGUAUCCAUCCCUGGUACCAUGGGGGCCCUCUAUAUUGAACGGCCGGCAGAUGUGGAAGAAGGUUUCUCCAUCCAGGCCCCUCUUGUGUAUCAUUUUGGCUCCACCACUCCUGGCACCAACAUCAAGCUUUAUAAUAAGAUCACAUCACGCUUAGCCGAUGUGUUCAACCAAAGGUGUGAAGUGAACAGAAGAGCUUCUGUGAGUGGCUGUGUCAUUAACACCUGUGGCUGGGUCAAGAGCUCUGGUUACCAGGCCCUGGUGCAUGCUGCUUCCGCCUUUGAAGUAGACGUGGUUGUGGUUCUGGAUCAAGAACGACUGUACAACGAAUUGAAAAGGGACCUGCCUCAUUUUGUUCGAACUGUGUUGCUUCCAAAAUCAGGGGGCGUGGUAGAACGCUCCAAGGACUUCCGUCGGGAAUGUAGGGAUGAACGUAUCCGUGAGUAUUUCUAUGGAUUCCGAGGCUGUUUCUAUCCCCAUGCCUUCAAUGUCAAAUUUUCUGAUGUGAAAAUCUACAAAGUUGGGGCACCCACCAUCCCAGACUCCUGCCUACCUCUGGGCAUGUCUCAGGAAGACAAUCAGCUCAAGUUAGUACCUGUCACCCCUGGCAGAGAUAUGGUGCACCAUCUCCUGAGUGUCAGCACUGCUGAGGGGACAGAGGAAAACCUUUCUGAGACAAGUGUAGCUGGAUUCAUUGUCGUGACCAGUGUGGAUCUGGAACAUCAGGUGUUUACUGUCCUGUCUCCAGCCCCCCGCCCACUGCCUAAGAACUUUCUUCUCAUCAUGGAUAUCCGGUUCAUGGAUCUCAAGUAGUCAUUAGCAAGGAGCCUCCCUUUCUGGGCCAUAGAAAUCUAGCCAUCACCAAAGGCAGAUGGAAUGAGAUUUGGGAGGCUUAUUAAGGAGCUGACAAGGAACAACUUGAAACAAGAAAGUACACCUCUACCUCUUAAGACAACGGUAGUAGCCAGCCGGACUCCUGUAACUCUGAACCAAAGGGAGAAACUACAAAAGGAAAAUUUGACUAUUUUUUUAAGAUUGCACCAGGUGCCACUUUUAAAUAUUCCAAGACCCUGGAGAAUUCCAUGUCUUCACUGUGCUACCAUGAGAGGUUUUUUGUUACUGCUUUCUAGUCCAUAUACAGUUCUUGUUAUAUAACCAGGAUGAAAGUGAGAUUAAAAUUCAAACUUGAAAACAGUUAUUUUAAUAAAUAAUAUUAAGUUGG